UCCCUCCCUGCGCAGGGGUGCGGGCGCGGCGGGCGGAGCUGCGGGCGUCACUUCGCUUCCGGAGCAGCGGGGAUUGCGGCCCUGGGUUGCGGCUCCGGCCCCGCCCGAGCCCGAGCGCGUCCCGGGGCGGGCAGCGGGGAGCGGGUCCCCGUGCGUGUCAAGGUUGAGGAAAUGUCUUCGGACAAGAUGGCACCCACCGCGGCAUUCUUGGAACAUCUUAAAUCCUGGCUGGCCCAGCGGCAGGCCCUUCGUGUGACCAUGCCCCUGAAGGAGGCAGGACAGGAUGAAACCUCCGAGCCUCAGGACGAGCCCCUUUGGGUCCCCAGGAAGGAGCUUCUGCCCCAGCAGGACCCAGGUUGCCUGAAAAGAGAGGAGACCUGGGAGUGGUCAGCUCAUGAAGGCUCCUCAGGCUGGUGCCCCAGAGCAGGCCCUUGUCCAAGAGCAGCAGAUGCAGGGACCCUGAGCAGAGCAGAGAUGAAGCCUCGUGAGGAAGGGCCUGUGAACAUGAAGCUACAAGGGAUUCCCCCAGGGGGACUGGUGGAGAUGGGCUUUCUGACACCUGUGCCAGGCCAACUGGACAAUGGGCAGGGCAGGCCUCCAAAGCAGGGGGAGCGUACGGAGCUCUGGGAGGCCUUUGAGGACGUGGCUGUGUACUUCACCCAGAGGGAGUGGGAGCUGCUGGGAGAUGAAGACAAGGAGCUUUACCAGGACCAGAUGCUGAGGAAUUACCAAGCCCUACUUUCCCUGGGAUAUGAAGGUCUCACACCUGACUUAAUCUGCCGCAUCGAGCGAGGAGAGGUGGAGCUCUGGGUUUGUGAUGAUGAGGACCGUGGCGACAGCUCAAGAGCUGAAGACCUCUUGCCAGACUCCUGUGACUUGGAGGACACCUGGGACUCAGCAGCAGAGGAAAGCUCCAUAGGCUCAUUGCCUGCAUCAGACCUUUGCCUGGAAGCAGGAGCUGGCUUGAUGCUGAACAGAGCUGACAAGAGACCUCCAGAGGAAGGGCUUUCAGAUCUGGAGUCAUGGCAGACUUCCCCAAGUAGAUCAGGAGGGAGGGUCCCUCCAAGUCCCAAGAAGGACAAUUUGCAUAAGAGGCCCAGCAGGUCCCAAAACCAGAUGGAGAAUGUGAUGAAAAAAGUACCGACUCUUGUUGGGUAUGAGAGUGGAGCCGAGGCAAAGCCCAAAAAGAGCCACGGUUACAGGGAAGAAUGUGAUAAGCUGAAAAAUAGGAAGAAUCCCAAGGGAAAGAUUCGCCCAGGGGAGAGAUUUCAUCCAGGGAAGAAGCCACCGCAGUGCUCUGUGUGUGGGAAGCACUUCACCCUUUCCGCAAGCCUGGCUGAGCACCAGCGCAUCCACACGGGGGAGAAGCCAUAUGGGUGCUCUGAAUGUGGGAAACACUUCACACACUCCUCGAGCCUGGUCCACCAUCAGCGCAUCCACACAGGGGAGAAGCCACAUCGGUGCCCUGAGUGUGGAAAGAGCUUCACCCAAGUCUCCCACUUAGCCCGGCAUCAACAAAUCCACACAGGGGAGAAGCCACAUCACUGCCCUGAGUGUGGGAAGAGCUUCAUCCUGUCCUCCCAUCUGGUCCGGCACCAGCGCAUCCACACGGGGGAGAAGCCAUAUCAGUGCCCUGAGUGUGGGAAGAGCUUCACCCAAGCCUCCCACCUGGCCCGGCACCAGCACAUCCACACAGGGGAGAAGCCAUAUCAGUGCCUUGAGUGUGGGAAGAGCUUCACUCGCUCCUCCCACCUGGCCCAGCACCAGCACGUCCACACAGGGGAAAAGCCACAUCAGUGCUCUGACUGUGGAAAGAGCUUCAUCUGGUCCUCCCAGCUGGUCCAACACCAGCGCAUCCACACAGGGGAAAAGCCAUAUCAGUGCCCUGAGUGUGGAAAGAGCUUUACCCUCUCCUUUCACUUGACCCGGCACCAGCGCAUCCAUACGGGGGAGAAGCCAUAUCAGUGCUCUGAGUGUGGGAAGAGUUUCACUGAAUCCUCCCGCCUGGUGCAGCACCAGCGCAUGCACACAGGGGAAAAGCCACAUCAGUGUCCUGAGUGUGGGAAGAGCUUCCUCUGGGCCUCCCAGCUGGCCCGACACCAGCGCAUCCACAAGGGGAAGAAGAAACAUUAGUGCUCACAGUGUGGCCAAAACUUCAGUCUCUCCUCCCAGCUGGAAAAGCACCAGUGCACACAUACCCAGGAGCAUCCAUAAAUCUGCCAGCAGUGCAGGAUGGACUUGGGGAUGUGUGUGUGUUUUGCACCCACCAGUGGUUGCAUUCAGGCAGGCAACUUCAUCUCGGUAAGAGUGCAGGAAGAGUUCACCCUGCCCUCAGCCAGUUAUAGCACGAAAAAGCUCAAAGGAUCUUGAUGCUGAGAUGCAAAGUUUGAUUUUGGGGAGUUGCUGUGAAGAACUACCUCAGGCAGAAGCUAGUUCAGAUGUUGGAGGAACCUCUGAGGUGAUGAUCUUCGCAUCAGCCCUGGACCCUAGACAUUCCCCAUCAUUCUCUGCAUGCACUCAGUAGUCCUAGGGGAGAAGUGCACUGGCAGUAAGGUGCCCUCCCAAGACAACUGACUCUAGAUGAUGCUCAGGGACUGUUUUGUGCUCCUUCCAAACUUUGUUCUCCCUGCUGGUCCCAGGGUCCUAGUACGUGAGGUGCUUGAGUUGUAGGGAGGAGAACAUUAAUGGUUUGCAAAGCGUUCCCUGCUCUGUGCCCUGACCUCUCCUUUCCUCACCAACACAUAGUUUCAUAGUAGUUAGGGGUCAGGAUGAACAGAGCGUCUAGCCUGACCCCCUGCCACAGGCAGGAAUGAAUGCUGGGUUCACAAGACCCCAGACAGGUGAUCAUCUAACCUUCUCUUGAAUUUGCCCAAGGAAGGGGCAAGGACCACUUCCCUGGGAAAUUGGUUCCAUAUUUUGGCCACCCUAACUGUAAAAUAUUGCCUUCUGAUCUCUAACCUAAACCUGUUCUCCAUCAGCUUAUGACUAUUGUUCCUCAUCACCCCAGGCGGUGCUGGGGAGAAAAGGGCUCUGCCUAUUUGCUGCUGAUCUCCCUUGAUGAGCUUGUAGGCAGCCACCAGGUCCCCCCUCAGCCUCCUCUUGCUGAGGCUGAACAGUUUCAGGUCCCUCGGUCUCUCCUCGUAGGGCCUGUCCUGCUGCCCUCUCACCAAGCGGGUGGCCCUCCUCUGGACCCUCUCCAGGCUGGCCACAUCCCUCCUGAAGUGCGGUGCACAGUACUGGACACAGCACUCCAACUGCGGCCUGACCAAAGUCGCAUAGAGGGGGAGGAUCACUUCUCUGGACUGGCUCGAGAUGCACCUCUGGAAGCAUGACAAGGUCUGGCUGGCCUUGCUGGCUGCGGUCUGGCAUUGGCGGCUCAUGUUCAUCUUGGAGUCAGUAAUGCUGUGGAUUCCUUCUCCCAAGGUGCAGCACCUGCAUUCGUCUACAUUGAACCCUGUCCUAUUCUUGUCUGCCCACUUUUGUAGUCUGUCUAAAUCUAGUUGCAGCCUCUCUUUCCCUUCAAAUGUGUCCUCGCCCCACAUUUUAGUGUCAUCAACAUAACCCCUUCUCAAACCUGCUCAUGCCCAUCAGGUGUCUGCAAGAUGCUGUUGUUACUCUUGCAUACUAAGUUUAGCAGGUUUUGCUUUUCACCCUCACAACAACUGUGCACCACUAGGUGCCUGUUGCUUCCCUUCCCUUCCUUCCCAUCACUCUAUUCUCUGUAACAGCUUUCUUGCUGCAAAAGCCCCAGAACUGAACGUGGUAUCCCUGUGGUGGGUCUCCAUGUUCUCCUCAAAGCGGUGAAAUGGAAACAGGCCAGGGACCGGAGCCUUUCCCAUGGCAGAUAUCUCUAGGAGUCCCAAGCCCUUCCCUUUUGAGAAGAUUCACUGCAGCCAAGGGCUUGUUCCUAACACUCAGAGGUGGGGGUUGUCACACCUGAGACAUUGCUCCAUAUAGUGCUGUACAGCAAGAGCCCUGCGCUGGGGGCUUUUGAAGGAAUCUAUUCCCAGGAGUCCCUUUUGUGGGUGCAGUGGGGUGGGGGGGAGGUGAAGGAGGUGCAGCCUGUGCAGGUUCUGCCUCCUGUGGAAAUUAUACGGUAAAGAAGGGGGAAAAUGGGAAGAAAAGAGGUGUGAGGGGAUAGAGGAGUUUGAGCAGAAAAAAACCAAGCAAAGGUGGUGACGGAGACCCCAGAGCAGAGCCAGGUAGACUUGUGGGUUUUUUUUUUAAGGAAAAUUUUGUGUGUUCAAAGUCAAAUGUAUUCCAAAUCUGCGAGUCAUUCAAGAACUGUAUGUGGUCCUACUACUGGCAAGCAUCCUGUACCCCCAUUCGGGGCUUCAGAUGUUUCCAGAUCAUCUGGUGGGCAUCCUGCUUGCAGGCCCAAGACCAGACUUGGGUUUGGAUGCCCCUGGGUUUCACUUGCCCUCAGCUCGCUCUUGUGGCUGUGCGGCUAUGGAGGAGUCUCCCAGUUCCAUAAAGUGGGUGUGAAGCCAAGAUCUUCACACUAGAAAUGAAAGCGGGAGGAUAACUAUGCAUUACCUCUGCGAGUACUACCCCAUAUCAGAAAAGUGGUCAUCCCCUGUCCCUGGGAAAGUCCCCGUGGUGAUCAUGGUAGAGAUUUUUGAGGAGUUCCUCUGGUUGGAGAGUUGCUGGAGGAAGAAAAGGCGGAGGAGGAAUGGUCCAUGUCAGGGGUAUUGUAAGUGUGAGUAAGGGGCCAGGAGUAGGGGCAUUCAUGGCUCAAGUGCAAACAGAUGUCAUCUGCCUGUAAAGUGUAUGAUACAGUAAUGCCAACUCUCGAAAAUUAUUGCAAGAGUUGUGAUUUCUAAGUAAAAUUAAGUCUGACUCAUGAUGUGGCAAUAAACUUCUCAAAUCUUG